UCCAGCAGGAUCAAGCCUGUUUACCAUGCUCCGAGCGGUAGCCUGGGCCCACCGGUCCCUGUCCCACUCAAGCAGUGGGUUCUCUGCGAGAAUGCAGAGCAGUGGAGCAGCCCGGAGCGGAGUCCUGGCUGAGCGGGUGGCUGUGCUCACAGGGUCCACUGUCGGGAUUGGCUUUGCCAUCGCCCGACGGCUGGCCAAGGAUGGAGCCCACGUGGUCAUCAGCAGCCGGAAACAGCAGAAUGUGGACCGAGCGGUGGCCACGCUGCAGGAGGAAGGGCUGAGUGUGACGGGCACUGUGUGCCAUGUGGGGAAGGCUGAGGAUCGGGAGCGGCUAGUGGCCAAGGCUCUGGAGCACUCUGGAGGUGUGGAUUUCCUGGUGUGCAACGCUGGAGUCAACCCUCUGGUGGGGAGCACUCUGGGGGCCAGUGAACAGGUGUGGGACAAGAUCCUAAAUGUGAAUGUGAAGGCCCCAGCCCUGCUGCUGAGUCAGCUGCUGCCCCACAUGGAGAAGAGAGGGAAUGCUGCCGUCAUCUUGGUCUCGUCCAUCUCAGCUUAUUUUCCACUUGUGGAGCUGGGUGCCUACAACGUCAGCAAAACAGCCCUGCUGGGUCUCACUAGGACACUGGCGUUGGAGUUGGCUCCCAAGAACAUCCGGGUGAAUUGUCUGGUUCCAGGAGUUAUUAAGACUGACUUCAGCAAAGUGUUAUAUAGCAACAAGGCUGUCUGGAACCACUUAAAGGAGAGCUACCAGCUACAGAGGCAAGUGGGGUUUGUGGCUCUGGUGGUCUGAGCAUCUCUGGGGAGGCACAGCUGAGGCUGCUUCAUUUCUCUAUUGACUGGCUUUUCCCUUUGCUGAAGUCUGGGUUCCCAUGACAGAGUCCCUCUAAGCCCUAUGGGACCCCAUACCAUUUGUGGCCUGUGAACUCCCGGGCAUCAGAACCAGAGUGCAAAUAUUCUUCCUAUCCAGGAUUGGUCAGCCUGAGGACUGCGCGGGACUUGUGUCCUUCCUGUGCUCAGCAGACGCCAGCUACAUCACCGGGGAGAACAUCGUGGUGGCUGGCUGUUCCUCUCGGCUCUGAGGGGUUUGGAGGGCCGGUCACCUGAGGGGAGCGGCAUCUAAGGAGAGCGUCUGCAGCUGGGUUAGGCUAGCAGUUCGGGGCUCACUUAUGCUAGGCUGGAGGAAAAAGAAAACCCAUCAGCGUUCUCAUUUCAGGAUUCUCCACAGGAUCACUCUAGAUUUGAUCGACGUCACCAACAUUCGAGGCUCUUGAUAUGGGGCUGUGGGCUUAGGGAUGUAAUGGGCUUGGCAUUCUGGAAGAAUCUUCAGGGAAAGGAGUGGCAGCUAAGGCCCCAAAGGAUCCCAAAGCUUUCUCUGUAAUUCGUGUCUUACAUUUAUCUUUCCUAAAA